AUGAGAUUACUGGUGGCAGGUUUCCAAAUUUCAGCGCUGGAAGACAAGGCGUCUAGCACUUUCAUCGAUACCUGUGCAGGGGAAGCUGAGUUGAGAAGAGAUCUGAAAGGUCUGCAAGCACAGCCCCCAUCUUUGUAUAGUGACCCUCGAGGGAGUCAACAUCUCACGACAUGGAACAAUCUGAUUCUGCAAAUUUUUGUCCCACCCAAAAGAUCAACAUUUUUGAUUGAUGUACGCGGAACUACACUUCGGGCUAUACUUGAGUCACUAUCUAUCCCAAAAGCGUUCUUCUACGUUCGCAAUGAUUCAGAUGCUAUUUUCAACCAUGAUCAGAUCAAACUAUCAGCUGUGCAAAAUCUUCAGUUAAUGGAGCUUGCAACGCGCAUAUUUCCAAAAAGACGCGUGAAUGGGCUAGCUAAAUGCAUAGGAAGCAAUUCUCUCAUGUCUGCGGAUGAUAGCACAAGUUGGAAAAAUACCAAAGACAAAAGACAAAGUUUUUUUGGACCUGAAUAUGGGGGCUCCCAUGAAGUACAAUAUUGUGCGCAGAACGUACAUUCUCCACUCACCUUAUGGCCAAAGUAUGAUCGCCGAAUGUCUCGACAAUGGGCAGCGAGGGUAAAGAUGGAAGUGGAAACUGUUCACGGCUUUCUAGAUCCGAGACAUUCAACAGCAAAUGAAAACACAUGGCCUUAG